AUGCUUCUUGAAAGAAUAGCAUAGAAACAUCGUUGUCCACAUCGUCCUUAUGGUAUUAUUGGUAAAGGCGAUCAACCAUGUGCGGUAACUGAAUAUCGUUCAGAAUUUAUUCCUCGUGAAGGUGGUGUACGAGAAUCAUUUAAACCUGAUUAUAAAUUACAGACAAGUACAGCACCUUUAGAUGAUCAAACAACACAUAAAUAUGCUCUUGAUAAACAACGUUCAUAUAAGCCGGAAGAAGUUUAUACUCCUCGUGGAGAAUUUGAUUCUUUAACUAGUUAUAAUAAAGAAUAUACACCCAAAGAUGGUGAACGGGCUAGACCGAUUAGACAUGAUGGUCAACGAACAAUAUCAGCUCCAUUUGAAGGCGAUCCAACAUAUCGAACUGAUUAUCGUAAAUGGGAAACAGGACGAACUGAACCAAUUCGACAUGAUGCUGGAUAUGUUCCCCCAUCGGAUCCCUUUCGAGGUGAAAGUACAUAUACAACUGAUUAUUUAAAACAUCAAGCAGCAAUGCGUCAACCUAUUCGACCUGAUCAAUCGGUUUUACAAUCGAAAGAUCCAUUUGAUGAUCGUACUGGUUAUCGUACAGAUUAUAUACCACAUCCACAACAAGAACGUUUUCAACGUGCAAAAGAACAAUAUAUUCCAAAUCAAGUAGCUUUAGAUUCAUUAACAACACAUCGAAGAGAUUUUACACCAAAAGAUGCUGAUCGAACACGUUCAAUGAAACCUGAUUUACAAGGUUAUCGAUCAAAUGCUCCAUUUGAUGAUGCAACAACAAAUAAAACAGAUUAUAAACCUUGGGAAGUUCAACCCAUACAAACACAUAGACCAGAUGAAUAUCGUGCAAAUCCUGCUGAAAUGGAUUUAAAUACAAUGUAUAAUUCAGAAUUCACACCAAAACCAUUAUCAAAAGUAUCAGCUAUUAAACCAACUGAAAGACGUGGAACUGAUGCAAAAUUUGAUGGCAAUACAACUUAUUUAGGUGAUUAUAGAAAAUGGCCUGGAGGGCGACCACCAGCUAUACGAUCCCAAGCUGGUUAUGAACCUCCAAGUAUGCCAUUCGAAGGAUUAUCAACAUAUAAAGGUCAUUAUAUUCCACAUGAUUCUGGACCACAACGAUCAUUUAAACCUGAUAAUACUGCUUAUAGAUCAAAUGUUCCAUUUGAUGAUGCGACUAUGUAUAGAACAGAAUAUACACCAAAAGAAAUUCAAGCAUGUCCAGCUGCUCUUCUUGAUACACCAAGAAGUAAUUUUGUACUCCAUCAUACGGAAGAAACAGGUCAUAAAUUUUAUCAACCACAACAUGAAUUAUUUCAAACUCAAUAUCAACAACAACAACCUCCUAUUGCCGUUUAA